UCCGCCGGCGACACGAGGCGUCGGCAGUGACCGGCUGGUGUCCGUAACCGGGCCGAAGCAGAGUCGGGAACGCGACAGGCAUACGGGAAACAAGGGUUGCUUUGGAAGCAAGAGGUGUAGUGUGUCGCCCUACGUGUUGAUGGUCGCGCCGCAUCGCGUCACACCAAGAUCCCCCAUCCAAUCCUAAAUCUCUUCGCCAUUGCUCGCUGUGUUUCUCUCUCGUUCCGUCUGUCUUUUUCUUUUUGUGUCUCUGUCUUUCUCUUUCUUUCGCUCUCCCUUCUCCCUCUUCCUUUCGCCGCGAUUGACAGCGGUUCAACCGAUUGACCGAUCACGUUUUCACACGCUACCGGAAGAAGGAAGUUCACCUUGCUUGCGCUCUUUUAUUUCUCAAGGCCCACUCUCUUUCCAUGUCAACGACACGCACGCUCCUGCCAAGGCCAGCAGCGAGCUACGCCCCCCACGUCGUUGCCGUCGUCGCUGUCAAAAGAUUGUUGUUGUGCACGUCGCAUCCGCGCCACUGGGAGGUACCGACGAAAUCCACCGACGGCAUCGAACGUCAAGAAUCAAGAAGGAGAAGGAGGAGGAGGAGGAGGAGGAGGACGUGGACGUGCGGUCGCAUUGGCGUCGCUCCUGCCAGCCUGAGAUGAGCGACCAUGGCUGCAUACAUUUGAAUAAUUUCAAAGUAGCUAAGGGUAUCCAGCCGUACAAAGUGAUACAUUCGUAUUUCGUGACCAGUACAUCGACUGAGGCACGCGUCAGGAAGGCUGUGAGCUGUUUAUGUCAUACAUGUAAAACUUACAAGGAUCGUCUACAUUCUUGUCUUCAUUGUAUAUUUUUUGGCUGCUAUGUAAGGGGUCAUAUACAAGAACAUGCGAGAACAAAGAAACAUUUUCUAGCCGUUGAUCUGUGUUAUGGAAAUAUUUUGUGCUUCCAAUGCGGCGAUUAUGUAUACGAUAGAGAAUUAUUAGCGGUGGCUAAGACGCAAUGGAGCGAGUCGGCAAAAUCCCUGAGUUUUGGAGAAUUUUACCGAGCAUGGGAACCGACACAAAUAGAAGCGGAGUUGCUGAGAAAGCAUCCGCGUCGAAGACGUGUUGUAGAAAAUUCCACUAUAGGUUUAAGAGGAUUGAUCAAUCUUGGAAAAACCUGCUUCAUGAAUUGCAUUGUACAGGCAUUAAUUCACACACCACUGCUGCGAGAUUAUUUUCUUGCUGACCGUCAUCACUGCCCGCAACCAAAUCGCUGUCUGGUCUGCGAGGUAUCUCAUCUGUUCCAAGAAUUUUAUUCUGGCAACAAAGCCCCGCUGACUCUUCACAAACUCCUUCAUCUGAUUUGGACGCACGUCAGACAUCUGGCGGGCUAUGAGCAGCAAGACGCCCACGAAUUCUUCAUUGCUACACUGGAUGUCCUUCAUAGACACUGCGAAGCUGCUCCAAUAUUAGUCAAGGACAAUCCCCAUCAUUGUAACUGUAUUAUCGAUCAGAUAUUUACCGGGGGCCUUCAGAGUGAUGUUGUUUGUCAGGCUUGCAAUGGAGUGUCUACCACAAUAGAUCCAUUUUGGGACAUAUCUUUGGAUCUAGGUCCGGCGGCUGGUGCAUCUGGUUCUGAUUCGUCCGGGCCUCCCACUUCCUUACUGGACUGUCUGGAGAGAUUUACUAGAGCUGAAUAUUUGGGUUCCACUGCAAAGAUCAAAUGCAGUAAUUGCCAAACUUACCAGGAGAGUACGAAGCAGCUAACGAUGAAGCAACUGCCGAUCGUGGCGAGUUUUCACUUGAAGCGUUUCGAGCACUCUAGCAUCCAAGAUAAGAUCUCCAAGAAGAAGAUCUCUACAUUUAUUUCGUUCCCGGAACAACUGGACAUGACGCCAUUUAUGUCGCAUAAGCGUAAUGGCAACAACAAUAGCGCCAUGAUGGAUAGUUUAUCAAAAAACGGAGAAGAGAUGACCUUCAGUGACAAUAGGUAUUCUUUGUUUGCCGUGAUAAAUCACGAGGGAUCAUUAGAGACUGGACAUUAUACUGCUUUUAUCAGACAACAAAGAGAUCAAUGGUUCAAAUGCGAUGACCAUUUGAUUACGCGAGCUAGACUGAAAGACGUCUUGACUAGCGAAGGAUAUCUUCUGUUUUAUCACAAGCAGAUUUUGGAGUACGGUCGGAAUAAUAAAGUGUGAAAAAAAAGAAGAAAGAAAACGAAGAGGAAAAGUAAAUCAUGUAAUUAAUUUAUUUAACAAAGAAUUAAAAAAAAAAAAUCGCUGGGGAGAGCUAGACGUCGAUGACGUUUUACGUUUGUCGGAAAUAAAUUAAUUGUCACCCUCGCUUUUUGGUUUCCGCCGGCGCCUUUUGUGUUCGAUGGGGCGUGCUGACUGACUGCCCGAUCGACAUUUGUGUGUUGAGUGUAACGUAAGCAUAGGUGUUAAGAUUAGCUCAAUUUUUUUAAAUCGACCGAUCGCAAUUUUUGUAUAUCGCUGACUGUUAUACUCCUGUCCUGCCACUUGUAUUCAUGACUCACCAGGGAUGAGCCCUUGUAUGUGUCUUUCUUUUUAGUUUCUGCACCUGCCAGCAGAGAAUGUCAAUUUCGACGUCUGAAAAGAUUUCAGUAUGUUCGUAUUAUUAUUGAAAUGCCACAUAUUCAUAAAUAACCUAAUAUACUUUUUCAUAAUUUAUGUAAUUUAAGCUGAUUUCAUAAUUAUUGAUAUAGUAACAAGUAAUCGAAUAAAAUAUCAUGUAUAAUAUGACGGAUUCUUUGUUAAAAAGUAGAGGCGAUUUUUGAAGUAUUUUUUAAUAAAAGAAAAACUUACAUAUACAAUACAGAGAAUUUGGGUUUGAUAUAUAUUGUUUAUUUAUACUUUUCACUACAAUAGUGUUUAUUAACAUUUAUAUACAUGUAUAUGUAUAGAGAGAAGUAUAAAUAUAUACAAAGUGAUAUGUGUGGAUGUAGCUCUGAUUUUUUCCAAAAAAAAAAAUAGCAGAUUAAAACGUCUAGUAAGAGCUUGGACACAGGGUCUUAGUGUGUGAUUAUUUUAUUAGAAGUAUGAUAAGAGUAUUUAACUCCUCUUUUUUGUUUCUAGAUGUGUCUUCUCGAAUUGUUGUCGUGAUAAAUUGAGUAUUAAAGUGAACGACGCGCGGCUUAUCAUUUUUUCUCACAAAUAUUUUUAUCUGUCUAACCUCUCGAUUUUUUUAAUUUGCGUUCGCUGGCAAGUUGAAAAGUUGCUUAAAAGUUUUUAAGUGGCAGAUGGAAAAAUUUGAUAAGAAAAAAUGAAUUCAGGUUUAUACUUAUUUUGAUAUUUUACUUUGUAAGUUACCGUGGCGACAGUGUGACAAGAAGACGCCCCGACCAAACCAAGUUAAAUAUUUUUACUUAUUACUUAUACAUAUAUGUGUUAACAAAUAAAACGUUUUUUGUAGUUACAAGUAUAAAAAGCAGUAUAUAUAUGUAUAUAUAAUAAACCUCAUUUUUUAUUUAGGACAAUUCUUAAGAAUCGCCUUUAUUUUACGCUAACUUACAAAAGAAGACGCCCUUGAUAUUAAUUUUUGUGUAUUUAUGAAUUUGAUAUAAUCUUGAUACGAGCAACACUGUUUUUUCUCUUAUGUAUAAAAAUGUUUUCCAAUAUAUUUUCUUGUAUUUAUAACGGCCGUCCCUGGAAAACUCAAUUUUGUACAGAGAAAAUAACAUAAGCAACAGCGGGUAUAAAGACAUUGACUUGAGGCGAAUUCUUCGCUGAACUUUGUAUAAUAAAAAUCGCUGUUCGACAAACUGUCAUUCUGGUUGACCUUUGUCUUAAUUUUUGUUUUCUAUUUUUUUUAAAUGACAUUUGUAAGUUAUUAUCACACGUAAUCAAAGUACCAAAUACUCAGAAAUGCGACGCCUAUUUUGAAUACGAGCCGAUCAUUUUCAUCAAUAUUGAUUUUAUUCUUUUUUUGCUAAACUGCUGGUUAUACCAGUUUAGAUCUAAUCUUUUUCCUUCCAUUUAGAGUGAAAAAGAUGAACUCUGAACCGAUGUAACUAGUUUAAUAAAAACGAACAAAUCCAAUCUCGCACAUACCAGUCAGGCUACGGCUAAAUGCGUGUUGAGUAACGCUGAGAGAAACAUAUUUUAUCUUUAACAAUGUUUUUAAAUUUUAUGUGCUUGUGUACUGAAUUAUGUAAAA